UGUUUUCCCCAAAUUCCAAAUUAGGGUUUCUAUAGAAUCCAAUUCUGAUGUGUACCUUUUAUAUUAUAAUGUAUUAUGUGCCCUAUAUAUUGUUGCAGAAGUGUAAUUGUGCUAUUAAAUAUGUUGUUUUUCUUGGUUAAAUGCAAAUUUCCACUAAAGUAAAGCCCCACACAAUGUUCAAAAACCAUCUUUCACUCAAAUAAUAUGUGAAAUUCUGCCGGCAGUGAAAAGGUUUAAAACGUCCACCGGACAAGGUGUUUGUAGGAACGUAAUGUUAAAUUAAUCUAAAUUUAAGGAUUAGGGGAAAUCCCUACAAUAUGGACAAAAUGUGUAGAUGCUUUUACACCCUUGCAGGGUCUGUCUGGCAGCUUUGUUUCUUGCUCAUCUGGAGACUGAGCCACAAACUGGUCACAUGAUAUGGUGUGAGGCUGUGAGACUGGUUUGUCUUCACUGUGGGUGAGACAGUUUGUGUGUUUUUGAGACAGACUGAGAGUAAGGGAGGCUACUUGCAUGUGUGAGCGUGCAUUAAUUGAGGGCAUUGCUACCUGUGGCUCCUGCACCAGGGGAACCCACCAAACUUGUCUGAGCUCCUCUCUAUAUUCCCCUUUAGGAGAAGGUAGUUACCAAAGAAAUUCUCUAUGGCGUGUAAUCAGAGCUGUCAAUACUAUGGUAAUUAUGAAACCACUUUAUUCCCUGUAAUCUACAGCCUGGUUUUCCUCUUUGGCCUUGUUGGAAACUUGGCAGCUAUUGGUAUUAUUGUCCAACAUGUGAAGCGUGGGAAAAUUCUAGGUGUCUAUCUGGCCAACCUCUGCGCCUCAGAUUUAAUGUACAUUUUCACACUACCCGUUUGGAUUGCUUAUACAGCAAAGGACGACUGGGUUUUUGGGGCUCUGUCUUGUAAGAUUGUGGGCUUCUUCUUCAAUGCCAACCUAUACACUACCAUUGCUUUUCUCAGCUGUAUAGCUAUGGAUCGUUUUGUGGCCACAGUGUUCCCUUUUCAGGCCAGGUCCCUUAGAAGUAUGAAAACUGCCCUGAUAAUAUGUGCUGGUGUCUGGCUGAUCAUCCUGGGAACUCACUGUGUAUUCCUUGGGCACGAUGAACUGUUUCUCUCCAGCCAAAAUGUACAACUUUGUUAUGAAAAAUACCCUAUGGAUGAAUGGAUGGCUCAUAUCAAUUAUUUUCGCAUAUUUGUGGUCUUCCUGAUACCCCUGGUUCUUUUAAUUGUCUCCUACUGCUCUGUUGGUCGAGUGGUUCAUCAGAGUACAAGUUUGGAGAAGGAGCAGAAACGGAAGAUCAUUGGCCUCCUAAUGACAAUGAUGGCAAUCUUUAUCAUCUGCUACCUCCCUUAUCAUGUGGUGCUCUUCAUCCGUUCGUAUAUCAGUGAUAAAGACAUGUGCACAUGCCCCCUAGAAGUCAAAGUCCGCCCAGCCUAUCGUAUCUCCUUUUGCUUGACCAGCCUCAGCAGUGCCUUGGAUCCAUUCAUUAAUAUCUUUGUUAGCGACAGCAUUAAGCAGGAUCUACUGAAGGAAAUUAGGGCACUGUGGGCUGGGUUUAGGAUUUUACGUCAUCCACGAGAUUCUUUAAGAAGGAGGUCAUCAAAAAUGACGGGCUAUAACACUGUCACCCAUAACAUAGAAAACGACAAUCUUUUGAUUGAACACAAAAAGGAAGAGACUGUUUUGUGAAUGUACUGGCGUGAAACCUCUGCAAUUUAUCAGUGUUCGAUGUUGGCCGCUGCAGUUUUUCUCUCUCCACAAAUAGGUACCAGUACAUGAGCAUUUCCUUCAACUGUGAAAUUCUUCAGUUACUAUAUGGUAUCUUUUUAAUGUUUAUCUUAACUAUACAUUUUUAUAAAACAUUAUCCCUGUUGCAAAGAAAGAACAGAAACCGUUGUACAAUGACUUUCCUUCAUUUAUUUUUCAGAAAGGUAUAAAGCCAAGACGUUGCUUAUAGACCUCUGGUAAUGUGUUGUUUAAUUUGAACUCCUAAUGUCUGCACAGGGUACAUACUGUUUUCUCCCUAAUAUCUGCAUUUUCUGUACAAUAAAAUACAUUUUAUUAAA